AUGUCUGUCAGGGCCAUCACCACUGAGUUUGGACACUCCCUGCCGCCCGAGGGCCCCCACACCAUCACCUUCAACAUCCCCGGCUGGGACACGGCGAUGAGGUUUCGUGACGGUGACAUGACCAUGUUCGCAAGACUCAGGUCUAUGUACCCGCGCUUCGCCCCCUUCGGACCAAUCCGCCAGCUCGCUGCAGCCAUAGCCCAGAAGCUCGCCCUGCCUGAGAUGACAGGAGUCCUCAUGUAUACGGACCCCGCAGCAUUCACCGUGCAAAAGGAGCAUUCCCUCUCGCCGCACAGGAAAGAGCACAGGCUUUCGGAGGAGGAUUUCUCAUUCAAGAUAGUGGAGAUCCACGAUGUCAGGCUAUACUGUGUCGUCUGUCACGUGGGCAAGACCAAGGGCAUCAUCGGGGUGUGGCAGAACACGGGGACAGGCAUGCUCACUCGCCCAGCCCAGGAGCUGCUCAAAUACGCGGACACUGAGUUCAAGGAGCUGGAGUGGUCUGGUGACCUUUGCGAUAUUCCAACUCCAACAUAUUACCCAGAGUCGGAAGCACACGGGAAGUUGCGGAAGCGUAUCAGCGACCUACUCCACAGAGCACCACUGGAUCCCGAGAAGGUGAAGGUCAAGCCGGACGAUGUCUAUUUGUACCAAACUGGCAUGGCUGCGAUCUACAGGCUGAAUGGAGCUCUCAUGAAACGGCGCCCCGGAACCAUUCUCGUCCUCGGAUCAGUAUUUCAUUCCACUUGGCAUCUAUUCGAUGAGACCCCAAGUGGCAUGAAACAUAUCGGUGACGCUAGAAGUGGUGUCAUUGAUAACAUCGAGGCUUACCUGGAGGCCCUCUACAAGGACGGAAAGAUAGUCAGCUACGCCUUUCUGGAAUUCCCAAGCAACCCCAUCCUUGUAAGUAUUGACCUCAAGGGCCUGCGGCAGAUCGCCGACAAGUACGAUUUCCCAAUCGUGGUGGACGACACAGUAGGCUCUUUCUGCAACAUCGAUGUCCUCGCCGUAACAGACUUCCUCACAACAUCCUGCACGAAGUCUUUCAGUGGUUAUGCAGAUGUAAUGGCCGGAAGCGUCGUGCUGAAUCCACUGUCCCCCUUCUAUGCCGACGUCAAGCAGAUCAUGGCCAGCACAUUCCACAACGAAUUCUUCGCCGGCGACGCGGAGGCCCUCCUCACAAACAGCGACAACUACCUCGCCCGCUCCGCGAUCUUGAACCGCAACGCCGCAGCACUGGCGGACUACUUCGCCACCAAGGCCGCGGACCCGGACUCCCCCGUCAGCCAGGUCCUGUUCCCGACCACCGGCGACACACGGGACAACUACGAGUUCUUCAUGCGCAAGCCUACGCCCGACUUCACGCCGGGAUACGGGUGCCUGCUGUCCGUGGAAUUCGAGGAUCUCGCGACGGCGCGGGCCUUCUACGACAAUCUCCAGCUGCACUGCGGCCCGCACCUGGGCGCUCAUUUGACCCUUGCGUUACCGUUCAACGCAAUCGCGAACGGGCGGACUCCGGAGGAGGCCGAGUACCAUGCCAGUUACGGCGCGAAGCCGGAGCAAAUUCGCUUUAGCGUAGGGCUGGAAGAUCAGGAAGAGAUUUUACCAGGCCAGAGAUCGGCGUGUAUCAAGCAGGGAGUCACCGAGCGGCCAUUCGACUCCAACGGGCGCAAGUAG